AUGGGUCGUCUGCCAGUAACGUCGGACUUCCCGAACAACGUGGUCUUGACUAUUGUGCCACCACCAAACGAUGACAAGCCGACCAAUAUCCUGCUACUGCUCCACGGCCUUGGAGACACACAAGACUCGUUUGUCAAGCUGGGCAAGCAGCUGAACUUGCCAGAGACAGCAUGUGUCGUGAUACAAGGACCACAAGGACUUCUUGAUCUAGGUGGCUUUCAUUGGGGCGACGAUAUCAUCUUUGACUCCAAUGGCGGUGGCCUCGAUGCAGAUGCUGGCUUCCGACAGAGCACAGCUAUGCUCAAAGGGUUGGUGGAAGAUGACUUGCUCGCGAAGUGUGAGUACAAAGGGAGAGAAAUCAUGAUCUUCGGCUUCGGGCAGGGUGGUAUGACUGCGCUGAAUCUGGCGGUCGAGCUCCACCAAUCCUCCACCACAGAGUUGAACGGCAUAAUCAGCAUCGGCGCCGGCCUUCCAUCCUCAGCCGCUGCAGCACUGGUCAACAAGUCAAAAACACCGAUCCUCGUCUGUGGCGGUUCGGGCGACUCGAUUGUGACUACAUCAGCAGAGGAAAAGCUCAAGCACAUCUUCGAAUUCGUGGAGAUCAAGAAGUACCGACGACCUGGCGACAGCAUGCCCAGUAAUCGGGACGAGAUGACGCCGAUUAUGCAAUUCUUCUCUCGCAGGCUGAGAAGCACCAAGGGUGUGCCUGAGGGGAGUGUAGAGGUAGGAUGA